GGUCCAGAGCUUCUUUCCGAAGAUUGCCGAGUCCUCCAUAUUGGUUAAUAGUGGGGACAGGGGACGCUGUUGUGGUCUAGAAGGCCAAAUAGCCGGAGAGUCCUAAAGGGGCGGCUGUGGGCACAAUGCUGCGACUGCCUAUAAUUCAGAGGGCUCUAGCAAGUGCUGCCCAAGUGACUAAAAAUAAUGUACGAACAACCACCACAGCUGCAAGCAACCUGUUAGAGGUUUUUGUAGAUGGCAAACCCAUAAUGGUUGAGCCUGGCACCACAGUGCUACAGGCUUGUGAAAAAGUGGGUGUUCAGAUACCUCGAUUUUGCUACCAUGAGCGUUUGUCAGUAGCUGGGAACUGUCGCAUGUGUCUAGUGGAAAUCGAGAAAGCCCCCAAGCCUGUAGCUGCUUGUGCUAUGCCAGUGAUGAAAGGCUGGAACAUACUUACUAACUCUGAAAAGAGCAGGAAAGCAAGGGAAGGAGUAAUGGAGUUCUUGCUUGCAAACCACCCACUGGACUGUCCCAUUUGUGAUCAAGGAGGGGAAUGUGAUCUGCAGGAUCAGUCAAUGAUGUUUGGAAGUGACAGAAGCAGGUUUACAGAGGGAAAACGUGCCGUAGAGGACAAGAAUAUCGGACCAUUGGUCAAAACUAUAAUGACACGCUGCAUUCAGUGUACUCGAUGCAUUAGGUUUGCUAGUGAAGUUGCUGGUGUUGAUGACUUGGGAACAACUGGCAGAGGAAAUGAAAUGCAAGUUGGCACUUACAUAGAGAAAAUGUUCAUGUCUGAGCUGUCUGGGAACAUAAUAGACCUGUGUCCUGUGGGUGCUUUAACCUCCAAACCUUAUGCAUUUACUGCUCGGCCCUGGGAAACACGGAAGACAGAGUCUGUUGAUGUUCUGGAUGCUCUGGGUAGUAAUAUUGUGGUUAGUACAAGAGGAGGAGAGGUGAUGAGAAUCUUGCCAAAAAUGAAUGAAGAUAUCAAUGAAGAAUGGAUCUCUGACAAAACAAGAUUUGCUUAUGAUGGGCUGAAGCGCCAGAGACUGACCCAGCCAAUGAUAAGAGAUGAAAAAGGUUAUUUAGUUCAUGCUGCCUGGGAAGAUGUCCUCGUACGCGUGGCUGGUGUGUUGCAAUGUGUCCAGGGAAAAGAUGUAGCAGCUGUUGCUGGAGGGCUGGUGGAUGCUGAGGCACUUGUUGCCCUUAAAGAUUUGCUUAAUCGGUUGAAUUCUGAUGCUCUCUGCACUGAGGAAAUCUUUCCCAAUUAUGGAGCUGGCACUGAUCUAAGAUCAAAUUAUCUUCUCAAUUCACGGAUUGCUGGAAUAGAGGAAGCUGACCUCUUGCUGCUGAUUGGUACUAAUCCACGUUUUGAAGCCCCACUCUUUAAUGCAAGGAUUCGGAAGAGCUGGCUUCACAAUGACCUCCAAGUUGCUGUGGUAGGAAGUGCUGUUGACCUGACUUAUUCUUAUAAUCAUUUGGGAGACUCUCCUCAAAUAUUAAAGGAUAUUGCAUCUGGGAAACAUCCAUUCAGCAAGGUUCUCAGUCAAGCCAAGAAACCUAUGGUUGUGGUGGGCAGCAGUGCCUUGCAACGCAAAGAUGGGGCUGCAAUUCAUGCUGCAGUGUCUAGCAUUGCACAGAGUGCCAGGAGCACCAGUGGAGUCUCGGAGGAAUGGAAAGUACUAAAUAUUCUGCACAGAGUUGCAAGCCAAGUUGCAGCACUGGAUCUGGGAUAUAAGCCUGGGGUGGAUGCCAUACGGAAGAACCCCCCAAAAGUACUCUUUCUUCUGGGUGCAGAUGCAGGCUGCAUCACACGUCAAGAAUUACCAAAGGAUUGCUUUAUUAUCUACCAAGGACAUCAUGGAGAUGUUGGAGCUCCUAUGGCAGAUGUUAUUCUUCCUGGAGCAGCUUACACAGAGAAGUCCGCUACCUAUGUCAACACAGAAGGCAGAGCUCAAACAACACUUGUGGCAGUGAGUCCACCUGGAAUGGCCAGAGAAGACUGGAAAAUCAUCCGUGCUAUAUCAGAGUUGGCUGGUAUUACACUCCCAUAUGAUGACCAAGAUGCUGUGAGAGCAAGAUUACAGGAAAUUUCUCCAAAUCUAGUCCGCUAUGAUGAUGUUGAAGAAGCAAAUUAUUUCAAACAAUCAGCAGAGCUUGGAAAGCUUGCUAACCAACAGUUGCUUUCUGAUCCGUUGGUUCCUCCCCAGACGGCCAUUAAGGAUUUCUAUAUGACAGAUCCAAUAACCCGCGCAUCACAGACUAUGGCCAAGUGUGUAAAAGCUGUAACUGAAGGCGCACAAGCAGUAGACGAACCAUCCAUUUGCUGAAACUGUCUUUCAUUAAAGAUCUGCAUUCUGCUCGUUACCAAUUUAUUUAAGGAAAACACAAUAUAUAACUCUGUCAACGUCACAACAACUUGGGAAUUUGGCAUUGUGUCUGAGCUUGUUUGAAAGCUUCUGUGAUUACUGUACCUUAAGGCACACUAGACCUCACAAUUCAUGUGUGUACAAAAUACUUAUAAUCUUAUUAAAUGGUUUAUUACA